CUAGGUUCCCCCACAUCAGAUCACACCAGCCCAGCCAGGGUUGUACCUCCCACUUACUUGUGCCCCCUGAACUGUGUGUGAAACUGGGUUGCCCUGACCUUUUGCCCUGAGCCCUGGGCUUGGUGUGGCACCUGCUGUGUGAUGCUUGGAGGUGCAGGAGACCUGUUAGUCAGCACUGAAGGGCCCUAAUACCCCACAGCAGGAUGCUGAAUGCUCUCUGUUUUUGCUGACCCUCAUGUCUUUCCCUAGUGUGAAUCCUCACUGGAACCCUGGCAGCAGGCCCCCUGGAAUGCUCUGGGCAUGUCCUCUGGAGCCCCAGAGCAGAGCAGCCAGAUGGCAGAGGAAACCCCCAGCUUCCUGGAUGAGUUUCUCCGAGACUUCCCAGCCCCACUGAGCCCAGAGAUCCCUUUGCCGUGGAAGAUCCCAGGGACAGCACUGAGCGAGGAGGAGGUGGAGGGCGAACUGGCCGAGUUGGCGGUGGGCUUCCUGAGCAGCAGGAAUGCUCCACCACCACUUGCUUCAUCUUUAGCCCACGAAGCCGUUUCCCAGCUGCUGCAAACAGACCUUUCUGAAUUCAGGAAGCUACCUAGGCAGGAGGAGGACAGUGAGGAAGUGGAGGAAGAAAAGGCCCCUGUGACCCUGCUGGAUGCCAAGGGCCUGGCGCUGAACUUCUUUAACCAACUCUGGGAAGUAUGCAGCCAGUGGCAGAAGCAAGUGCCCUUGACUGCCAGGGUUCGACAGCAGCAGUGGCUGGUCUCCAUUCAUGCCAUCCGGAACACUCGCCGCAGGAUGGAAGACCGGCACGUGUGCCUUCCUACCUUCAACCAGCUCUUCGGCCUGUCCGACCCUGUGGACCGUGCCUACUUUGCAGUGUUUGACGGUCAUGGAGGAGUGGAUGCUGCAAGGUAUGCUGCUGUGCACGUGCAUGCCAAUGCUGCUCGCCAGCCGGAGCUGCGCACAGACCCAGAGGCAGCCCUCAGAGAAGCUUUCCGGCGCACCGAUGAGAUGUUCCUCUGGAAAGCCAAACGAGAGCGGCUGCAGAGUGGAACCACAGGUGUGUGUGCACUCAUCACAGGAAAGACCCUGCACAUCGCCUGGCUCGGGGACUCGCAGGUCAUCCUGGUACAGCAGGGACAGGUGGUGAAGCUGAUGGAGCCGCAUAAACCUGAGCGACAGGACGAGAAGGAGCGCAUUGAAGCGCUGGGUGGCUUCGUGUCUUACAUGGACUGCUGGAGAGUCAACGGGACCCUGGCCGUCUCCAGAGCCAUUGGGGAUGUCUUCCAGAAGCCCUAUGUGUCUGGAGAAGCAGACGUGGCCUCCCGGGAGCUGACCGGCUCUGAGGACUACCUGCUGCUGGCUUGUGAUGGCUUCUUUGACGUAGUCCCCCACGAGGAGGUGGCCGGCCUUGUGCAAAGCCACCUGGUCAGGCAUCAGGGCAGAGGGCUGCAUGUCGCUGAGGAGCUGGUGGCUGCAGCCAGGGAGCGGGGCUCCCAUGACAACAUCACAGUCAUAGUGGUCUUCCUCAGAGACCCCCGAGACCUGCUGGAGGGUGGGGCCCAGGGGCCUGGGGAAUCUCAGACAGACAGGAGAAGCCAGAACUUUGUCUCUGAUAUCUCAGAGCCAGAGAACAACACUCCAUGGAGAAGCUAGGAUGUCCAGGGCCCUGGUCCCCACCCUAUAACCCUACCCCUCAAAUGCCUAAGGACCCAAUAGGCAGUGGUGGGCAGGUGGGCACCACCCAAGCAGUGCUUUUCCCUGGGAACCCCAAGCCUCUUGUGCUGCUGCAUUGGUCCCUCUUGAUGGCUGUAGAACUGCAUGGGAUGGUGGUUGUCACACCUUUCUCGUGACAGGCAGUGGGACAAAGGAAUCCUCCAAAGGAAGCCUCACCAAAGAGAAGAUGGCCUGGGAACUGUACUGGCUCUUGCUCCCUACGAGGCAGGGAUGGAACCAGAGGCCACAGUCACUGACUGCAGCCAGACCAAAGACACCGGGCAGCAGAACCCUGUGUGUGGGACCCUUGGGCACACCCAGGAGCCAUGGGUACUUGCAAACACGCCCUGGGCAUCCAGUACAGGUUUUUCAUCCAUUCCUCAUAGGCCACAGCUGGGAGGGUUCAUGUCUCCAGACGCACUUGGUGAGGCCUAGCUGGUUGAGCUCGCUUCCCAAACGAGAGAGGAUCUAGGAUUGCAUCUGCAGUGGCAGCCAUGACAUGUGUGGCUCUGGCCUCACUGGUCCCUCUCAUCCCUGGCACACCCAGGGAGGGGAAGCUCAGAGAUGCUGCACUUGUCUCUUGUGUUCUUUUUUUUCCAGGGAAAAGUCUAAUUCAGAAGCAGUAUUUCAGGUUUUGUCUUUGUUCUGUCAGUGCCAAGGUGACCUGUUGUGUCAAAUAACUUAAGCUGAGCUUAGCAUUUAUUUUAUUCCUUAGGAAACUUAUGUAUUGGUGUGUUUUUUUAGGGGAAACUUCUUUUGCAGUAUUACUGAAUUUUUUUUCUUGAAUCAAGAUUGAAACAAAAACCUUUUCAGGUAGUGUUAAUAAGCCAUUCAAGUGCCUUAAACAGUUUUAGGAAAUGCUAGAAUCUGCCGGGCCUAUGAUAGGUGCCAAUAGGCAUGUUUAAGUUUCCACAAAAGCAGGAUUUAUUUUGUUACGGUGGAUGGUUUAGGCUAGAGUUCUUCCUGGAAGAGUUCUUUUUGCCACUUUGUGAUGAGCCACUGACAGUCAGCAAGGCAGUUCCUAAGAGCAUGGGCUGUUCCAGGUCACCCAGGCCAGACCCCAGGAGCCUGAUCCCCACCUUCCUUGGCCCCACUUGGUAUCUGGCUGGACCCUAGGCUGAGGGCCUGAGCUCCAUGAGCAGGCAGGUUCUUGCUGCUGUUUGAAAUGUUCCAGAAUGUCUUGUGUGUUGGUAGUUGGAUUGGUUUCGCUCAGAAACACAUGUAAGAGGUUCUUGCAAGUCUGUGGGUCUGUUUGGAGGCAGUGGGGAUGUGGCUGGGAGUCUGUCCCACCUGCCCAACUGAUGCCCCUCUUUCUGCCAAUAACUGGCAGCCUCUGCUGCCUUGCUCUUCUGCCCCCAGCCUUGACUGCCUGUGUCCCCUCCUGCCCUGGGAAGGUAAAGCUUAGGUGAUUUCACUUGCUCACAUCAAGUGGGGCAAUACAGCUGCUGUGUGGAGUUGAAGGUGGCAGGGCCGUGUGAGGGCUUGAGGUAGAAAUCAGGCCAGGGGCAGACAGGUAUCUGGUGGGAGGACCUGGGCUUGUAGUGGUGGGCAGAGCCGCUGCAGGCAGAGGCUGGCAAGUCUGGGAAGGGCAGUGGGUUGCUUAACUGAGUCUUCAGCAGAAUGUUGCUGGGGGACUGGGCAGUGGGAAGAAGCUUAGUGCCAGGUCCCCAAGGCCAGGAGGUCCUGUAGAGGUAUUCUGAAUCCACCAAUAACCGCAGGGCUCCAGAAAGAUCUGCAUAGGGAGGCCCCUGACCCCAGUGGCAUUGAAGGGAGUUCUGGGGAAGGGGCUGAUGAUGAGAGCCACCCCUCCUGAGGCAGUUGGGCUGUCCAGCAGAAAGGGAAGGAGCCAUGGGGGACCACCGCCUGCAGGUUCUGAGUUUACCCCACCCCCACAACAGGAUGAAGACUCUGAGGCCAUGUAGUCAAUGCCUUGCUCAGGACCUCAUGAUAAAAAGCAUCUUAAACAUGGUCAUGCAAUUCAGAAAAUGUUUGGCAACCAACAUGACCAUGUGUUACCCCAUUUAACUUGAAGGCUCUGCUGCCUUCUGGGGGCCAGAAGUCCUCUCGUCAGCCCCUCCCAGCACAAGGCUGGCAACAGGCUGGACAUGGGCCCACCCUUCACUACCAGCCUGGCAUCCUGAAGGCAUGCCCUUAAUGGAGGGAGCAAUGGGUUUGUUUUUCUCUUCUUUGCUAAUCUUACUCCAUUGAUUGCUGCCAAGAGAGGAGCUUCACUGCGUGGAGCCUGGAUUCCACCACUUGGUGGCCUGAUUUGUGCCCUGAUCUGAGGCUCCACCAGGACAUUUCUCCAGGAUUGUCCUGACACCUCUCCGAACUCGAACCAGGCUGCUGGGGUCAAACAACAGAGGCUUUUGCUGUCUGGUGUGACCCCGUUGUUAGCCCAGGGAGUCCUAGUUCUCCCGCUGCUCAGGGGCUGGCCUGUGCUAGCACAAAGCAGGUCUUUUCCAUCUUGACUGGGCUGCACUGGGAGCCACUGGGCAAUCUUCAACCUCUGAGCAUCCUGGUCCACUUCCUCUUCAGGACACAGUCCCAAGAGUGCCCCUAGCCAAGACACUGGUCCAGAAACCUUGAUCCCAUUCUCAAGUCCCACCUUUGCCACUAGCUCAUUAUGCAAUCUGAGUCAGUUGUUGCAUUACCCUGGGCCUCAGUUUCCCCUUUGUAGGGCACAGGGUUGCACUGAGUCUGCAGCAGCUUCUGGAAAUUUGGAGGGGAGAUGCUGCCGGUUCUGAGGCCCUUCCCCCACUGCCAGCAGGGAGGGGUGAAUAAGUAUUACUUGUGUCUAUUCUUAAAAUUAAGUGGGUUGGAAAAGAAUUGAGCUACUGAUGCCAGCGCCUUAUAUGGAAUACAAAAGCUGGAGAAUUCCAGCCCUGCUUUUACAGGUAGAGCUGAUCCAGAGCCAGCAGGGGUGGGAGAGGUAGGCAGCUGAGGUGGGAGGGCCUGAGAGGGGGUAGGCACAGCGGGGCUCCCCAGAGCGGCUAGUCAAACUCCCAACCCGCUGAAAUUCUGAGGUGAUGCAUGGCCUCCCCAACUCAGCCUGUGCUCAGCAUUCAGGGCUAGGCAAUAGGUGUGUUUUAGGGAGAGAACAACAGGAUUCGGGCCCCAGGAAGAAGCACAAGCUCACUGAGGUACUAGGUCAGCUUUUGUCUCCUCCCUGCCUUUGGCCAUAGUCCUGUCUCCUGUCCUCCCUGGGCCCACAAGUAGUCCCAGCCUCACCCCUUCCCCAGCUACCUCAGCAGGAUCCCCAGGGCCAGGGGCACAAUUCUGACAGCUCCUAGGCCUCGCCCCCCAUGCCAGCUAAAUGGAAAUUAGGUGGGCUUGUGCAAAAUAAGCCAUUUGGUUUGAUUCUGCCAUAGUCCAAAGGGGGUAGCUGGGAGCCUGUGCUUUUGCAAGGCUCUACAGUUUUGCCAAAUUCACCAAGCUUUGCCAUUCACAUGCUGUGCCAGCCUUGCCAAGGGUUUAUCUGUGCACAUUUCAGUGAGGUUUCUGGGAGAGGUUUUACGGGAUGACUGUUUCCCCUGACUGUAGGGACAAGUCCCAGGAUGAGAGCCCAGAAAGGCGAUCUCCUUCCUCCCAGGGCUAUUGUGCUAAGUGUCAAUAAACCACAAGUUCUGAAACCUG